GACAAUAACAAAUAAAACAAUACAUAUGAUUGAAUUAUUAAUAAUAAGAAUUAAUAUCUUGUGUUGUAUUAUUUAACCAGGAAAUAUUUGUUAGAUGAAUUAGUUGCUUGGGAUUCAUCACUUCACAAUAAUGUCACAAUUUGUUGGUUUACUUGUUUUGCUAUGUUCCAUAGGAAUCCAAACUUCAGCAGUACCCAACACUAAAUAUGAACCAACAUGGGAUUCAAUUGAUUCUCGACCAUUACCCAGUUGGUAUGACGAUUCAAAGAUAGGAAUCUUUAUCCAUUGGGGUCUUUUCUCGGUUCCAGCUUUUAAAAGUGAAUGGUUCUGGUACUAUUGGCAAAACAAUAAAGAAGAUGAUUGUGUUCAAUACAUGGAGAAAAAUUUCAAACCCAAUUUUACUUACCCAGAGUUUGCUCCUUCAUUCACCGCUAAACACUAUAAUCCCGAUUAUUGGGCCUCAGUUUUCAACGCUUCUGGAGCUAAAUACGUAGUAUUGACGACUAAGCAUCAUGAAGGGUUCACUUUAUGGCCAUCGAAAACCUCCUGGAAUUGGAAUGCAAUGGAUGUAGGACCUAAACGUGAUUUAGUUGGUGAACUUGCUACUGCAAUCAGAAAGACUGACCUUCGAUUUGGACUGUAUCAUUCGUUAUUUGAAUGGUUCAACCCGCUUUUUUUACUCGAUCAAGCCAACAAUUAUACUACAAAUUUCUACUCUCAUGGAAAAACCGUCCCAGAGCUUUACGAUAUUGUUAAUACUUACAAACCAGAAGUGAUCUGGUCUGACGGUGAUCAGGGAGCACCAGAUGCUUACUGGACUGCCAGAGAUUUUAUUGCAUGGCUCUAUAAUGAAAGUCCGGUUAAAGACACUGUUGUUAUCAAUGAUCGCUGGGGAGAUGGAAUAAUGUGUAACCAUGGAGGAUUCUUAACAUGUGAUGAUCGUUAUUUACCUGGAACGUUACAAAAAAGGAAAUGGGAAAAUGCAAUGACAAUUGAUAAAAACUCCUGGGGUUAUGUUCGUACUUCAACAAUCAAUGACUAUUUGACCAACCAAGAAGUUAUCUCAACUCUUGUCAAAACUGUUAGCUACGGUGGUAACAUGUUGAUAAAUAUUGGACCAACGGCUGAAGGUACAUUGCCUCCAGUCAUGGAAGAAAGAUUGAGACAAAUGGGUAAUUGGCUUGCAGUUAAUGGCCAAGCAAUUUAUAACACUCAACCUUGGGUUUAUCAAAACGAUUCCUUAACCGAGAAUAUUUACUACACUGAACCUAAAAUAUCUGAAAUCCCGACUGUUUAUGCCAUUUUACUGGACUGGCCAAAAAGUAACCUCAUCAACCUUGGAUCACUUUAUGGUAAAUUCAAGUCCACACAGGUUCAAAUGAUUUCCCCUGAUGGCUCCUUAAUAGAUUUAACUUGGUACAAUGAUGUUGACAAAAAAUUCCGAAUCAAUUUGAAGCCUGUAAUCUCCGAUCUUUACGGUUGGGUUUUGAAGAUUACUAACCCAAUUAUAAGAAAAUGAAAUUGCUAAGUACAAUGUGAAACACAUCUUAGUAGCUGGUAAAUAUUUGUUUAAAUAUUACCUUAAAUUUCUUAUAAAAGACCUUUUGUAAAUCAGUUACGCUUUCUAUUGAUCUUAUAUUGAUGUAAAACACUCAAUAAAAGUUAAUUUCGCUAUUAA